AUGCCAUCUUUUGCUCCACCUCAGAGGACCGGGGUACGGCUGCUGCUGCUGCUGCUGGUAACAGUGCUGGCGGCUGAGCUGCCCUCAGUCCAGCACCGGUGUGUCUUUGAUGAGGUCCAGGCUCAGGUCAGAGUGGUCAGAGCGCCGCCCACACAGCCCAGAGCCAGAGCCUUGACCGGGCACAGGCACCAGCUCAGCCCCGGCCAUCAGACCAGACAUGAAGUCAACAGGAGGAGCCCUCUGGAGAACGUAGGCCAACCUCCCUCCAGCCAUUUUCAGCCCAUCAGGAUAAAAACCUGGACUGCAAGAGAAAGUUACAACCUGCCUGCAGCGGAGAGCGAGAGGCUGGAGAAAGCUGUGGAUGAGGCCGUGAGGCUGGUGUCCUCUUUGCUCUCAGUGAACAGAACCGGAGGGCCGUUGCUGCUGAGCCGAGACGUCAACAAAUACUGCAAGUCUGUCUGGAGGAACUCGAGCUCGCUGAACUACAACAGAUGUGGAAGAGCCAACAAAAACUACAGAGCUGAAACUUGUCUUGAUGUCACAAUCCCAGAUGACCACCUGUCUGGAUGUUACAUUUACCCAGCGGCCGAUUCUCCUCACAGGACCGUCGUCAGACCGGAAGGAGCCGGACUUCCUGACACCGACUUCCUGGUUUACCUCCACGUAGAAGCCACAGACAAAUGCAGGGCGGAGUCCAACACCUUAGCUUACGCCGCCCACUGCCAGACCGACAGCUGGGGACGACCCGUGGCCGGGGUGGUGGUCCUCUGCAGGGACAGGCUGGCUGGAGCUGCAUACAGCCACCAGACUACAGUGCAGACUGUGGUCCACGAGAUGUUCCAUGCGCUCGGCUUCUCUAAAGAUCUCUUCAGCUCCUGGCGGGAAUGCUCACCUUCUAAUCAAGGCGCUUCGUGUUCUCGCAGAAAUAAAGCGAUCCACUCCGACGGGUCAGGCCAGAUGAGGAUUCACACUCCGGCCAUCAUCUCGGCCCUGCGGAGACACUUGGUGUCCACUGAUCCGGAGCUGGGAGGGCCGCUGGAGAACCUGGGUUUACCUGCAGGCAAGGUCUCCUCUCACUGGGAGUCCCGGGUGCUGCAGGGGUCCAUCAUGGCGGCGGCGCUGGGGGACCCGACCACAGUCCGGAUCGACCCGGUCACGUUAGCAGCGCUCCAGGACACAGGAUGGUACUCUGUGGACCUGAGCCGGGCUCAGAGUCUGGUCUGGGGAGCCGGGGAAGGAGCCACAUUUGGCUCUGUGUCGACCUGCAAAGACGAGUCCUCGUCCUUUUUCUGCACUGGAAGUGGAGUUGGAUGUCACUUUCUUCACCUCCACAAGGGGGAGUGUCAGACUGAUCAGUACCUGGAGGGGUGUCGGGUCUACAAACCCCUGGAGAAUGGAAGUGAAUGUUGGAAGGAAGAAAACAUCAAAUGGUGCCCUGCAGAGAACUGGAGCGGAGAGGUUUUUGGCCCUGAUAGCCGUUGCUUUUUAUCCAGCCUGGUCAGAAAGGGAAGUGUUGCUCAGAGCCGCAGCUCUGCUGAGGGUCGCUGUUACAGGCACAGAUGUUCUGGACUGAACCGGUACCAGGUCCAGCUCUCUGGCUCUCAGUGGGUGGACUGUCCAGCAGGGGGCGCCGUUCAGAUUGAAGGAUACUGGGGGGAGGUGUUUUGCCCAGACAGACGGUUGUGUGUGUACCCUGACGUUGCUCCUCCUCCAGGAGACAGAAACCCAUCCUCUGGUCGCAGCACAUGCGACCCUGAUGGGACAAUCACUUCAGCCCACAGCGUCCCCUGGUCUCUCGGAUCAGCUACGCAGGCCGUAUCCAUCUGCUUCAGUGCUGCUGUGUGCUGCUGCUGCUUGGUCGCUCUGCUGGUUUCGUACUGGAAGUGUCGGACCCGUGUGGCCAGGAGCAACACCGUGGCCCCAGAGGAUCAUGGUCAUCUGUAGAAAACCUGUCUCUGAAAAAAGCAACUGUAACGCUAAAGCUGUAGAUAUUUUCAAACAGGAAUGAAUGAUUGUAGUAGUUUAUUUCCCGCCUCACAGCCGGUGACUGAAAGCUCAGUGAAAACCAUGUCAACCUGAUCUAAUUAAUUU